GAUGAAUUUAGGGACGGUUCAAUUGUUUCCCCGCAAUGGCUGCCGUCUCCUCAAUACUCGAGCUUGGCAAAGGGGUUCGUGAGCGUGUGGGGCGCCGUCUCUUGCGCGGUAUUUAAAGGUUGGACGAUGUCGGAUAGCCUCCAUGCCCACGGCAUCAUCGUGGCGCAACGGUUGGACCACGGGCACCAUCGACCAUGAAGUUCCAGACGUUCCGAGCUCUUGCAUCCGUCGCCGCCCUCGCGGGGCAGUGCCACGCUCUGCCGAGCGGUGGCACGGCCGUCGAGACCAAGAAUGGCGUCAUCAACGGCUUCACCGACCCGUCCACAGCGCCCGGCGUCGUCCAGUUCCUGGGGAUCCCGUUCGCCGAGCCCCCCGUGGGCGCACGCCGGUGGCUACCCGCACUUGCGAAGAAGUCAUUCAACGGAACGCUAGACGCGCUCGCGCAGGGCCCGACCUGUGCCCAGACCGACCCGCCAAGCCCGACGGGCGCCUGGCUGGACGAGUUCCUCAUCCGGCCCGGCAGCGCCAGCGAGGACUGCCUGUACCUGAACGUGUGGGCGCCAAAAAGUGCUCCGGGCAACUUGUCCCUUCCGGUCGUCGUGUGGCUGCACGGCGGUGGCCUGACAGAGGGCGGCGGCGACAUCGCAUACCAGAUACCCUUGAACUGGGUGGGGCGGCGCGAGAAGCACAUUGUGGUUGGCAUCAACUAUCGAUUGGGACUGUUUGGUUUCCCCAACGCAGCGGGUCUCGACCCCAAGGAGCAGAAUCUCGGGCUCCUGGACCAGCGACUAGCCAUCGAGUGGGUGAGAGACAACAUCGCUGCAUUCGGCGGUGACCCAAAGCGCAUCGUCCUCUGGGGCCAAAGCGCCGGUGCUGCCUCUGUCUCGUACUACCAAUACGCCUACCACGAGGAUCCCGUGGCCAUCGGAUUCAUAAAAAAUUCGGGCUCUCCGUUCAUGCCCAUUUCGGCCUCCGAUCCCACCCACACGGCGUUUUCCAGCCUCGCAGCCGGCUUUGGGUGCGCCAAGGAGGGCGAAUUGGACUGCCUGAGGAACGUGGAAUGGAAAGACCUGCAGAAAUACAGAGACGAAAACCAGCUCCAGUUCAGGGUCGUUGUGGACGAGACUACCGUGUUUUCUGAUUAUGCGGAGCGGACACUGACUGGACAAGUUGCCAAGGGUCCCGCCAUUACCGGAACGACGCGCGACGAGUGGAACUUUUUCGGCAACGCCGGCCCGCCUCCGGACAACACGACCGUGCCCGGGGACAGCAUCUUCGGCUGCCCGGCGCACUUCGAGACCAGCCUGCGCGGCGGCGCCGGCCUCGCGACCUUCCGAUAUCUUUACAGCGCCAACAACACGAACGUGAUGCCGCGCGGCCAUGGCGCGUUCCACUCGGCGGAGCUGCCCCUGAUCUUUGGGACUCACAACAUCGCGCGCACGCAGUCGACCCAGUUCGAGCACGAGCUCAGCGACGCCAUGCAGGACCUCUUCCUCGCCUUCAUCGAAGACCCGGCGGCGGGCCUGAUGGGCAAGGGCUGGGAGCCGACCCCGCCCGGCCCGCUGGGCACGGUCCAGACCGGCGUCGAGCUCGGCGGUGAUGGCCAGUUAGUACGGAAAUAUUCAUGGGAGGCGUGGCAAGUUCAAUGCAAGAACAGCACUGCGGCCUGGUAGAGUAAGUAGGAGCAUGUGAGAACAUUUCGGCCUCCAAACGUAUGCAGCGAAGAGAAAAUGGAAUUAAAUUCCCCAGUAUGUAUUGCCCGCUCUAUAUCGGCAUGCAAGGCAGGUCGCCGCAUGACGUGGCGUUGGCGAAACAACAAGACCAACCAACCCAACCGGAAUCUACGACACAUUUGAACUUUUGUUUUCUCUCCCUGCUCUUGUUCUCUCCUCUUUCGUUUCUGGUCUCGGACAUUCUCUUCGCUAUCAUUUUCUGAUCUUUCCGUUACUCCGCCGGCUCCUGAUCCUCUGUUCCCUUUCUUGGCAUACUUUUGUUGACAAAAAGCCCCCGCCCCCAUUGAACCCAUUUGUGUUAGUGCUGCCACAAAUAUCACUAUUUCGGUCCGGUGGGGCGCGCCCGUUCUGCUCGCGCUUAUGUGCGCCCUAUCGUCAGCCCUAGGCGCGCUAAAUCUAGACCUGCUGCCCUCGCCUAUGUGGCCUCGCAAUGAUGAUGGCAGAAUCCUGGCGUGUGGCGCGGCAACCCAGCCCCG